UCCAAGUCCUAUUUUGGAGAGAGCCUCCAUAUCUAUCUGAGUCUCAGAGCUCAGUCUCUCUGGCAGAUGAGAGAGAGAGACCCAUAAAUACCCAGAAAUUCAGAAAAAUACCCAGAAAAUUGGGUGGUAAUGAUCAUAAAAGGAGUGUUCAGGAGGUACGAAAGAUGGAACCCAGUGCAUCCAACGAGUGGAGCAUUUUGGGGAUUGGGAGUAGGCAUUGGUUGUGGGGUUGGAUGGGGUCCUGGUUUCGGGCCUGAAGUAAUUGGUUAUGUUGGAGCUGGCUGCGGUCUUGGCUUCUCCGUCGGUUUCACUCUGCUGGGUGCCGGAAUCGGUCUCCCUGCCAAUUGGCUCUUUCACCUUCCGUAUAGUGCUGUUAUGGCGGCAAGAAGUAGUGCACUGGAGAUUGGCCAAUCUAGUGGCUUUCCUUUCUCCAAAAGCAUUGCAGGGGAGGGCUGGAACAGCAUUGCACCUUGCAUCACAAACCUGCAAAGGGAAGCCGGUGGAAGAUUCUCUAGCUUUAAGGACCAGCAUCUCUUGGUGUUGGAGAAGGGGGUUGAUUUAUCUGACUUGAAGAGCCGCCUAAGCGUUGGUACUAGGUCUCUUUCCCAAGGUGUCGAAGCAUUUCGCGGACGCUUCUUCCACUUUCCCAAAGGUACAAAAGAUUAACAGCGUGGAGAGUUUGAUUGUCUGGUGGAUACUCCAUAAGGGUUGUAAGCAUUCAUACACUGAAUUCAUCUCUUUUUAUUAUCAUCCUUGAAGUAAGUGAGAAACUUUGGAGGAAGGUUCCAUAUAAGGAUACUUGGGUUGCAGCCUUUAGAGGAGCAGCGCUUCUAUAGUACUGAGAAAGCCUUUGUUUCAGUAGAUGUGCAGAAGACCUUGUUUUAUUACUUGUGAUAAUGUACCUCCAAUAGUUCCAACACGAGUUUAACUCUUCUUGCGAACUUCAUUUUCAGUUAAGCACUCCGAAAUAGUCAUCUUGCACUCCUUCCCUUAUUCUUUUUUUAGGGAGGAGCACGAGAUGAUUAUUUUGGUGUUCCAAUAAUAGCUCUGUUUAUGGGUUUAUGAAACUCAAUACGUUUGAAGCCGAUCAUGGAGUUCUAUCGCUUAAACCUCUUUAGGUUGACUAAGCAAUGCUAGUCUCUCUUGAUGCAUUUCUUACGCGUAUCAGCAGUCUGAAACAAUGAAAAGACUAGCCUUUGUCAGUGAAACCUGGGAAGGAUGCUUGGUAGUCUAUGAUUUGACAUGAGGAGGGAUUCAACUCCGGAGAAUAACAUGGGCGUCUUAAGAGAAGGAACCUGAAGGCGCUGUUGGCGGCGUCAACGUCUGUAUUCACUGCUAGGCAGAGGUGCUUCCUCACAAAAUCACGCCAGGACUUAGAUACGCUCCGGAACCUCAGUAAAGCUUUGACGGGAAGCCGUAGUACUAUCUCCACAAUCAUGUCGUCCAAGGGGACGGGGACUGGCUGCCGCUGCUGCUUCUGCUUCAAUAGACCCUCCGGCUCCGCCUCAGCGAUCGCCAUGUUAACUAACUAUAUACCUAAUUAGGCGCUCUUGCUCUUGCUCUUGUGUACAUGUACGUAUAUCUAUAAAUGUAUAUAGUUAACAAUAAUUGGAAGCAUAGUUGGAGUUGGA